GUAAAUCAUGGAGACCAACCAACCUCAGACAGAAGCUACCACAGAAGGUCAAACUGGUGCAAAUACAGAGGGUGCAGCUGCUUCAUCUGCAGCUAGUGACAGUUUAGCAGCCGCAACGUCUAUCAGUGUUUUAGAGAACUAUCUGCAGAAUUUCUCUAAAGAGUUAUCAACAGAACAGCAAGCAGAAGGUGCCAUCACAGCCGCCCAGCAAGGAGCUGGAGAUGCCACUACUGGAACUGAAGCAGCAUCAACGUUUGAGAGUGAUUCUGCAGCUGGUGGUGAUGCAGCAGCUGCGGCAGCAGCAGCUGCAGCUGAGCAAGAGGAGGUGACACAGACUCUGCAGCUUCUGGCCAAUGCAUCUGCUGAAAUUUCACCCCCAGCAAUAGAACAGCAUGUCCAAGAAGAGGGUAAUCAGGACGAAGGCUCUGUGCAGGAACAAGUGGCUAUGGCUGGGGAAGGAGCUGUGGAACAAGAGUCCCAGAUUGUGAUGGUAGGAGAUAUGCACCCACCAUCUCAAGAAGUUCUUAUGGUUGCUAUGCAACAAGAUCCCAAUGCACCUAGUGAACAAAUUGCAGUAUCGGAAGUGCCUGCUGGUAUGGUGGGACAGACAAUUUAUCAGGCCACUGAUACUGCAGUUACUCAGGCAGAUGGUCAGAACACACAGGUGAUCACUAUUAUUCAAUCUGGGGAAGGUACAGAUGAACAGACUGUUGUUACUAUAAAUGCGAAUGCGGAUGGCACUGUUGACCCCUCUCAGGUACAACAAGCUGUUGAGCAAGCAGGGCAUGCAGUUCCUGAAGGAACAUAUGCUGAGUUAGCAACAGUGAAGCCAGAGAUAGAAGAUGAAGAUGAAGGUAGAGAGAAACGUGUUCCGUUAAAGAAGCGAUCAGUUAAUUCCAAUGGUAAAGAAAUACUGGAUACUGUCAAUGUUACUGAAAUUCAGCAGUCUGCUGAACCAGACAAAGAAGGCGAGAAUCAGGAUAAAAUUAUCAUCAUUACUCAGGUUGGAGAACAGAAUGGAAGUGAAGCAGGUGGUUCCCAAGAAAAAUCCUCACAAGGGCCUUCAGUUUAUGACUUUUAUGAGGGUGAUGAUGAUGAUGCUCCCGUGACAACACCAUCUAAAGAUGACAAAACUGGUGAUAAACGCAAGAAACGACAGUACCAAAUUCCCAAGUUUGAUGACGGUAGGCUAAUUGACCAUGUGUUUAAUAGAGUGAAGAAAGUACCACCCAGUCCACGAGAGCCUAAGACCCAUGAGUGUGAUAUCUGCGGACGCACUUUCCGCACGUCUACCUUGCUCAGAAACCAUCACAACACCCACACUGGAACCAAGCCAUACAAGUGUGAAUUAUGUGAGCGUGCAUUUGGUACUAGUGGAGAAUUGGCACGACAUACCAAGUACAUUCACACCCAUGAGAAACCUCACAAGUGUCCACUGUGUGAUUAUAUUAGUGUUGAAAGUAGUAAGAUCAAGCGUCAUAUGAGGUCUCACACUGGAGAAAAGCCAUUCAAGUGCCAGCUCUGUGCUUAUGCUAGUACCGACAACUACAAGCUGAAGCGUCAUAUGCGCGUACAUACUGGGGAAAAACCGUUUAAGUGUCCCGACUGUGACAUGGCAUUUUCUCAGAAGAGCAGUCUGAAGGAGCAUAUGUGGAAACAUUCUGGUAGACGACCAACCCAUAAAUGCGAGUUCUGUGAUGUUACCUUUGGUCGUAUUGCUGACAUGAAGGCCCAUAUCCGCAAGAUGCAUACUCCAGGUGAUCCCCUGAUCUGCAAGGUUUGUGAGAAUGGUUUCUCUGAUCGUUUCAGCUAUAUGCAGCAUAUUAAGACCCACCGUGGUGAGAAGAUCUACAAGUGUGGUCAGUGUGGUUACUCCUGUCCACAGAAGCGUCAUCUCCUCACUCACAUGAGGGUCCACACUGGUGAAAGGCCAUACGCUUGCAAAGACUGUGGAGAGAGUUUCAAGCAUAAACCAACUCUCAUCCACCAUGAGAAAACCAAGCAUAAUCCAGAGAUUGAAGGCGAGGAGAAUGAAGAAGGAUCCUUUCAGUGUGACAAAUGUGACAAGACCUUCUCAAGAACAAGCUCAUUGAAAAAUCACCAGAAGAAACAUGAAACCAUACUGAUAGCUACACCUGAUGGAGCCGAGAAACGCAAAGCUGAAGAAUCCCCGGAGACUGCCUCUCCAAGAAAGAUGACCCGAUCCCAGGCUAAACUGGUUCAGCAGAUACAUGAAGGACAAGUAAUUCAUCAUUUGGACCCCUCCACAGUGUCUGGUAUUGAGGGUGCAGUGGUAGACGUACAAGGUAUUCAAGGCACUGUGAUUGGUGUGGAUGCUGAAGGUGGUGGUCUGGUAAUUCGUGUAGAUAGUGGUGCUGUUGGUGUUGUUAGCACACCAGGUGAAGAAGGAGAGGAAGGUGGUGAGAAAGAAGAAAUGCAGCUCGAAGGUGAGGGUGAGGGUACUAUUAUACAUCAUGUACAGGAAGGCCAGCAAGUGAUAACUCAAGUAGUUCAACAGUCAACUGACGAAGCAGAAGCAGCAGCAGCUGCUGCAGCAGAAACUCCACACCCAGUAGCAGUAAGUGCAGCUGGAGAAGAAGUAGAAGCAGGAGGUGGUGCAGAAGAAGAGACUGAAGAAGGCGAAGGUGGAACUAUAUACUUGUUUGUUGAAGAGCAGUAACAUUUUAGUAAUUUGAUGUUCGUUUGUAUUAUCAUUAAUAAUGCCAACACACAGAUAAAACAUAUUGGCACUUGAGCACUCAAUAUUAAUUCGCCUUGAGUUGCAUCAUUUUCUAGAUUGGUGGGAUCUCAUUAAUUUGAAGCAUGUGAGAGUGAUUGCCAUGAUGUCACUCUCCCCCCUGUGGGUUGAAAAUGCUUGGAGGAGUAUGUAUAUAUGGCACAGAAGUUAGAUAUGUGAGAUCUGUUCAGUGGCUUGUGAUAGUAUAGGUAUAAAAUGUUGUAUCCUCAUUUAUAUACUGAUAAAAUGGUUACGGUAGGGGAUAGAGGAUGCUCUCCAUCAAAGUAUUGUCACAGAAUAGAUUUAACUUUUUAACUUUGAUUAGAAGCCAAUAGUCUUUACGCCACGCUAAAAGGUUUGGCAUGAUUUACCAUAACUCUGUGCAUUUCUUGUUUUAACUCAGUAUAUUUUGUUUGUAAUUGCGUUCAAUAUGUAAGUUUGCGUUUGUUUUCUCUUUUCUCGUUGUAUUCACUAGUGUCUGUUGUAGUUAUUUUAUUGUAUGACAAUUCACAUGUUGAGUAAUCUCAUCUCUUGAACAAGAAUUGUAUCAGUCUUUGGGGCAGGUACAUCUCAAUGUCCAAAAUACCAGUAUUGGAUGAGUAUGGUGGCAAAGUUCAAUUCUUUUAGCAAAAAUUUUGAUCAAAACAUUUGAAAAAAAAAAGUUAAAUCUUUACUCUCAAAUCUUUAUUUUUUUUUUAGAAAAACAUGUUAGGUGUCUCAUAUUAUAUAUAUAUAUAAAAAAAGUAGUUUUUAACUCAGCCCAGUGGAUACAGGAAGUUCUAGCUAUUAUGAAUACCAUAUUUGUGCACAUAACCCCCAAACUAUUACGACUUAUUUUAACUAUAGACACACCUGUCAUUUACGUAAUAGGCACACAUUUUACUGAUAGUCAUACUAAAAGGAUAGGAGUAAGCUUACAUCUUUUGCAAAAA